UUUGAACAUGGCGGCCUUAAAGUCAAAUAGCGAAAAUUCUUAACGCAAUUUUAAAGAAAAUUCAUGGCUAAGAGUAUGGAAGCGCAAAGUAACAGUACAGCUAAAUCUAAAGAGGCAAAAGAAAGUGAGAAAUCACAGGUUAAGGCCACUCCGAAAAUGCAAGAACAUUCUUUUUUAACAGACAGAACAGACGUGAAACAAAUGGAGAAAGGACUGUUAGAUCUAAUGCACGAUUUCAAUCACGGCAAACUGUAUGCAUUUGGUAGGGAUUGUACAAUCGAAAAGAUGGAUAAAGUACGCGAACUUCAAGAACAUUUGGCUCAGCUUCACUUUGAAAUUGACAAUAUGACGGAAGGAUUUGGAGAUGAAGAAGAACCAAGAAGUGGAGGCAAUCUGGAAAAGUUAAUGAAGAAUUUGGAGACUCUAAGUUCGACCGUUCAGAGCUUGCAUCAAGAAAGCUCAUCGUAAUAUGAACUGGAUGUUUUAAUUUAUCGAUAAAGACACAGCGAGAUCACAAAUUGAGAUGAUUGUGUAUACGUGCAACUAAGUGUACUCACAGUAGUAUGACGUUUGCCUGGCCAGCUUUCGAUCAGGGACAUUCUCUUCGAUGUCUUCUCCCAUGCGAGUUAGAAAGAUAUUAUUAAGGGGGCUCCAAAGGUCUUUUGUGAAGAGGUAGUUGUAGUUGCACCUUUGAUGAUACAAAAUUUAAAGGGAGGGGGGGGGGGUUUGAUAGGGAACAUGUCUAUAGGGGAGAGGGUAGAUUCUGAAUUAAACAACCAUCAGUGACAGUGGUUGAGACAAUGAUUAUUUAGUGUUCACCAACAAUUGUGAUGGUUUCAAUCUUCCAUGCCAGCUACAGGCUGUCAUCAAGUGAUUGUACAUGUAUUAAAUUUAGUCCUGUAUCAGCAUCAGUAUUGGUGUGGAUUAUCUGAUGUGAUUUAUUUAAGGACACUUUUGAGUUCUGUGAUGGACUUUGGAUAGGAUAACAGACAGCAAAUAUGUGGCACAUGGAAUUUUUGAAGGAAAAACUGUAAUUUGGUGGUAAUAACAGGCUACAUUAGCUACAGCCAUAACUGCACAACCCUUGUUUGAUAAAUAAUUUGUUCACUGAGCAUUCUUUAAACUGUCCAACAAUGUUUCUGUACCCACAGUGUGUAGUGAACAAGACACCUAGAAGGUUAUUGACUAUGCCCUUGUUUAGGAAUUCAUUUUGUAUUGAAAUUGUGGGUUCAUAAGUUGUGAGUUCUUUUAAUGCACAAUCCACUUUCAAAUUACAGUUUGUGAAGAAACAACAAGGGACCAAGUUUUGGGUUGGGUGGAAAUUUUAUGUAGCCACGUAGAUACCAAAAUUGUGUAAAGGAAACCCUUUUUGUCGUAGAGACAAAAAUUUUCUACAAAAAUAUAAUUAGAAUUUCAUUGGAAAAAAAUUGUAUCGGUGAUGAUGAUUUAAAUACUAUAGGUAAAUACAGAUAUGUAGUAAUUUAUAAGGUAUCUUAUCACAGGUAAUUGUAAUA